AUGACAAAGGCAUUCACGAUGAGCCCAUCGGUAGCAGAAACAGGCGCAUCAACAAUUGUUGCACAAGACAUCGAUCUUGAAACUUUUCAACACGAUACCAUAACCUACCAUGCAAACGAUAACACAUACUGGUUUUACGAGAAAUCAAAAGAGUCUUUCCCCGGACAAGCAUUCGGUCUUGAAGUUUCAAAGAUACUAUACCACACCAAGUCUGAGUUUCAAGAUAUCCUAAUCUUCGAGUCAAAGACAUUUGGGAAUGUUCUUAUUCUCAAUGGUAUUAUACAAUGCACGGAGAAGGACGAGUUUGCCUACCAGGAGUUGAUCACUCACAUCCCAAUAAUGUCACAUCCGAACCCCAAAAAAGUGUUGGUCAUUGGCGGUGGUGAUUGCGGAGUCAUUAGAGAACUUGUGAAACACGUUGGAGCUAGUAGCAGUAGUAAUGGUGUUGUUGACGACGACGAUGAAGAAAAUAAUACUGGAGCCCAAGAAGGAAUCAUAGACUCAAUAACAAUGGUGGAGAUUGACGAUAUGGUUAUCAAGCUCCUGACCCAGUUUCUUCCACAAAUGGCCAAAUACCAUAAUCACCCAAAAGUCAAUCUAAUUAUCGAUGAUGGGUUCAAGUUUCUUCGCGAAACAACUGAAAAAUUUGACGUUAUAAUCACAGAUUCGUCCGAUCCAGAAGGACCAGCAGAAGAGUUUUUCCAAACAAAUUAUUUUAAACUAUUAUCCAACUCAUUGAAUCAUGACGGGAUUGUCAUCAUGCAGUCACUGGAAAAUAUCUGGCUUGAGCUCAAGUACCUCAAAGAGUUGAUUCAAAAGGCCUCAAAAGUAUUUGAUAAUGUCAAAUAUUGCCAAUGUUAUAUGCCAAGCUACACAUCGGGACAAUUGGGACUAAUUGUGGCAACAAACAACAAAAAUGUGGAUCUCACUCAACCUUUAAGAACAUUCGAUAGGCACAAGGAGUCACAGCUAUUCAAGUACUACAAUCAAAGAGUACACUCCAACUCGUUUGUACUACCGACAUGGGCCGAUGACUAUUUAAAUGGUGGGAAUAAAUAA